GCCGCCUGCCCGCAGCUCCCCCGCGCCCGGCUGUGCCUCCUUCCUCUCCGGAGCGUGUCUAGGGAAGGAAAACGGCACCCAAGACGGCAGGAGAAAGAGAAAGAGAGAGGAGGAAGAGGAUGACGGAUAAAGGAUGAGGAUGGUGGAUCCCCUCCCAUCCCGUUCCUUUCUCCCCCCUCACACCUCCCGCGGCUCCGCGCGCGCGCGCAGGCGCGCGGCCCGCGGGUUGGCCGGCGCCCGUGACGUCAUCGGCGCGGCGGGCCAAUGGGCGGCGCGCCCGACGGGGCGGGGCGGGGCACGCGCGCGCGCGCCCGCGCGGAGGGGGGGGGGGCGGUGUCGGGAGCGGCGUCGGGGCCGCGCGGGCUGGAGCGGAGCGGGCGGGUCCUGUGCCAUGGCUGAUCCCUCGUCCACAUCCGACCUUGCAACCCUGGCUCUGUGUCACGUCGAUAGAUCUUACUUAGAACUGGGUCAUGGAACAUUUGGUCAGACAGUGCUGCCUAAUCCUAAAACAGGUGUUAAUCCCUGUGAAGUUUGGUGCAAUCAGCCUGUGGAGAGAUUAAGAGAACAUUGCAACGUGAUUAAAAUCCAAAUGCUUUGGCCUCUUCUCUUCACCCAGGAAAGCAUUUCUUUCCAAGAGGAAUUUGGUUUGCUCUUUCAGGGGUGGCGUCUGUGGAAGACAAUGUCUGAGUGUAAUUUUGUGGAAGACCUUGCUGAUUUAAUUAAAAAAGUUGUUAACAUCCCACACUUUAUCAGUGGCAUUUUGAGGAUUGGCAAUGGGAUAGAAAAUGGUUUCUUUGACAUCGAGGAGGCAGUGGAUUGGAUCAGGUGUGUGGGUGAUGCCAACGUUCUGCAGGGCCUGGAGGAACUCAGGGAUUUUCGCCGGCUUAAACUCGCCACUGUUUUUACUCAGUGGGAACGUUCCAUUGUUAAAGUUGCAUUGGAAGAUUGUGAUUUAGUUGAAGAAUUGAAAGCUCAGACCUGUGAGAGCUCCAGGAAGGAGAGUGAAUUUAUGAAACAGAGAGGAAAUGAAGUAUUUUCCCAUGGAGCCUUUGUUCCUGCUAUAAUCUCAUAUACUAGAGCCAUAGAGCUUUGCCGUACAAACCACCUUCUGUAUGGAAACAGAGCUCUUUGUUUCAUUCUCACAGGAGACUACGAGAGAGCUGUUGUUGAUGGGAAAAGAGCCACUGUUUUGAAGCCUGAUUGGCCAAAGGGUCACCACCACUACUGCAAGGCCCUGGCCCUGCUGGGGAGGCACGAGCAGGCUCUGGAGGCAAACGAGAGAGCUCAGGAGCUCUGCAGGGACGUCCCUGAUGGGCUCAAGGAACUGGUUCAACAGCAUCACAAGCUGAAAAGGACCUUAGAAGAAAUUAAUGGUACUAAACAACGCAAACAGAAGGCAAAGAAGUCUCUGCUUGAGAAAAAAGACUGCAGUUCUUCAAAACCUCACAGAGUAACCUCUCAGGAACAAAAAGAAUUAGAAAAGAUCAGAAAGAGAACUCAGGCUGAUCCUAAAGGUCCUCAAAAACACGAUCCCAAGAUGACUGACACCCAAAGACCAGAAAGCAAAGUUUCCACGCUGGAGUUGCCACAAAACCAAAGUCAUCAAAACAAACGAAAGCAAAAACCCAAACCUGGUGACUCUGAAAAAAUGAGGGAUCACCUUGAUUUGAAGAGAGAGUCUAAGGCCAUGGAAGAUAAAGGCCCCUGUGCUGUGCCACAGAUGGGUUUCAAUACAGAAGAUGUAAAAAACCCCAGGAACAAGGGAUUUACAGCCUCCCUGGAGGAGUGUCCCAGUGAUAAACCCACCCUUCUACCCACGUUGAGAGCUUUAGGUGCUGCAGAACGUGAGGUGUUCCAGGUGGAUUUUAAUGCCUUGCCAGAAGGUGUUACAUCCCUUGCUCGUGAUGGUUGCACAGCCCUGAUGGACCAGCAGUGUCACAGUGCAGAACAAGCCUUCUCACAGCUGCUCAGCAUUCUGUAUACUUCAGAAUUUAGGUGUCUGAAUAUUCAUAAAAUUAAUUAUGCCAUAAUCAUCUAUGGACAUGCCACUGCCCUCCUGGGAAUAGGACAACCUGAGGCAUUGGCAAAAGCUGAAGACCAGUUUAAGAAAAUAAUUGAAGAAUACCGAGAAGAAAGAUGCUUUUGUUUGGCACACUAUGGAAUUGGGAGGGUUUACCUCAGGCAAAACAGAUUUGCUCAUGCACUCGAUCAGUUCCUGAGAUCAAAGCUGAUGAUUGAUUUGAAGAUUGUCCCGGGGGUGUUGACGUGGCCGGCGACAACUCGGGUCAUCGAGGAGACACAGACAGAGAGUUUGCAGAUGGCUUUAAGGAAUUGUAUUGAGCAGUGCAAGUUCCCUCCAGAACCAGAUGCUGUCUGUCGGUAUCAGCAGUGCCACGGCCACUCCAAAAUCCAAAUAUUUUUUACAGACCCAGACUUUAAGGGUUUUAUACGUGUUAUUUGCUGUCAGCAGUGCAGGGUGGAGUUUCAUAUGAGCUGCUGGAAAAAGUUGAAAACAACGAGCUACAGUGAUAAAAAUGAUAAGGAUUUCCUUAAGGAAUUGUGUUUUACUCCCGACUGUAAAGGCCUUAUUUCAAAAAUCAUUAUUUUCAGUUCUUCUGGUGCAGUAAAAUGUGAAUUUGAACUAAAAAUCACAAAACCCAAGGGACCACCAAGGGCCUGUAUUAAACAGAAAUGUUCAAGUAUCAGGAAGUUAAAAACGAAGCAGGAAAAAAAACUGCGGAGAAAACGCGCGCGAGAAGAGGCUCGAAAUUCUGCUAAAAAGAAAGCAGAGGAGAACCAGGAGGGGAAGGAACAGUCCCAGCACAGUCAGAACAGUGGUUAUGGCCAAGAUUUCCAUGCUGGUGACCGGGUCCUGCAGCACAUCAGCCGGAAUUCCGAGCAGAUCCAGGCAGCAGUGGCUGAUGCUGCCAAGUUAUUAAAGGAAUUACUGUCCUGGUUUGUCAUCAGCCAGGAGGAUUACACCUCAUAUUCCCAAACCAGCAGCAAAUCCAAGGAAGUGAUGGAGCAGCUCAUCAGCCACUUAAUUCAGGAAAAAAACCGGGUCAAAACAAGGGGGUUCAUCCACGUGCUGAGUGAGCUGGAAGGGGUGGAUCCCAAAUUACUCAAGUGGCUGAAACAUCUUAAUAACUUGGGUCUGACAGCUACAAAAAACUUCCUCCAUCAAUAUGAACAAUUAUUGCAAGAGCUUGACUUCUCUAUUUUAGCCCCACUCUGGAACCAGAAGUAUGGCAGGAAAUUUGAUUAUGUGACAACUCCUGAAAAGCAAGAGAUUUGUGAUUAUUUCUUAAAACCCCCCUUAGAGAAAACCCGUUGUUUUAUAUGGCUUUUAGAGGACAACAGAGAACAUUUCCCCUUUCUUCAUCAAGCUUUAGAUGAAUUCUUUGAUAAAAUGGAUGACCCAACCAUUAUAUUAAAGAAGCAGGGAAAUGAAAAUAUAUCAACUAAUGAUAUCAAAGUUAAAAACAAAAACAGGAAGAAGAAUUUGAAAGACUCAAGGUCUAUUUUAGUAUUAUCCAGUGGAGUUAGUACAGCCCCACGAGAAGAAGAGAAGAUAUUUAUAGAAGAAAAUAAUUUAUACACAGAUUUUACAAAUGAACCAUUUGUAAUCCCAGAAUAUCUCCAGAAGCAGCUGGAGGAAUUUGAAGCUCUCUAUGAAGUUUCAAAUAGUAACAGUUAUAAUAAUCCAGAUCCAAUCUCUGAGAGUUUAUAUGAGUAUUUCACUCAAAUCUUGGAUGAGCAUGGCCCUCUGGAAAUUAAUAAUAAAUUACUAGUUGGGGAAUAUGAAAAUUUCCCUGAGGAAACUCGAAAGGUCGUGGAGGAUCAGGGUGGCCUGGAACCUUUCCUUCUGAAAUCCCUUCGUUUCAUUAUGGUGGAUAAUCUGAUUUGUUUAAAGAAGCACUCGGUCUUCUUUGAGGGAAAUACAAACAGAAAUGAAAAUUAUAUAGGUGGGAAUGUGCAAGGGAAUCAUUCCCAGAAAAACCUCCGGUUAAAUCCAGAUGCUGAGGAAUUCAAGCCCCAGUCCUACCCUGUUCAACCCCAUAUACCACCAUCACCUGAUUUAAGUUAUGAGACUCUACAAUAUUUGCCCUAUUCUUCCUUCCCUGCUUCCUGGAGAUCCAGGAAUUCCUUGCAAAGCCAGAGUAUUGAUUCCAUGGAAAACAAGUCGUCGUUCGCAGACGUUUUACUAAAAAACCUGGAUUCUACAAGUCCCAUAUUUUUGCCUCAGACUUCCUGGGGUUACCAGUAUGGAAGGAUAUUGCCUGUGCCUUCUCCAGUGCCUGUCCUGCCACAUGUUGCCAGGCAGCCUGGUUAUAUCUAUGCUGAUCCUGCAGCUCCUCAGGAUAAUCAGGAAUCAGCAAUUCCAGUCAGAAAAUAUGUCCGUGAUGAUUUCAUCCCAACUGAAAUCCAAACGUGUGAAGACCCCUGGGACCGGUUGGAGAACUCGGAUAAAGAGAAUUUGGCUGCUCCAGGUAGUUCAGAUGAAGCUGAAAAUGGUAAACAGGUUGUUAAGGUGGAAAAAGGAAACAAAAGCAAACCUGGAAUGAAGAGCAACCCCCAUGUAAGGAUGGUGGCUGUUCAGGUCAAUCAGGAAGUAGCUGAUAGGGAAACCAACACUUUGCCUUUCCAUCCAUUUGAAAACCAACAAGGAGAUAUUCUGCGUGUGGAAAAGGAGCAUCAGGUGCUGAAAGAACAACUGAAAGAGGCAGAGGAGAAAUUUGAGCAGCUGCAGAGUCGAAGUUCAGAGGAAAUCAGUGCUUUGGAAGAGCUCCUGAGGAAAAGCGUGGAAGAGACUGAGGUCUCCCAGAAUGAACUGGAUUGGUUUCACCAGGACUCGGAAGCACAGGGGAAGAAAUGGCAGCAGGAGAAAAAAGAGAACCGAGACAACUUAAAAGCCCUGAGGAGCACGGCCAAAAAACACACAGACACCAACGAGAGGUAUUUGAAGACCAUUGACGACAAGGAAAAGCAAUAUAAUGUAUAUUUAAAUACAUUUCUGGACACCAGUAAUAAAUUUGCUAAUGAGAAAGUAAAAUUGGAAGAGCUUAUAAAAAAGAGUCAAGAUGACUGCCAGGAGUGUGUGAAAAGAGCUGUUAAAGCAGAGAUCUCAGUAUUCCAGAACUGGAAGGAAAGUGAAGUUUGGAAGCUCAAUGGCACCGCUGCCAAAGCAGAAGCAAAUCUCAAGAUGCUGAAGACACUGAGCAGUAGCUCAGCUUCAGCAGCACCUUUGUUGAAGUCACAGAUUGAUUCCUGGGAAACUUUUAUUUCCAAUGUAAAGAAACAGCUGGAAAAAGUAGAGGCUGAGUAUGAGGAGAAAAUUGAGCUGGUGAAAAGUGGUGCCCAGAUUUCCCUCUCUAAGGUGGAAAUUAUGGAUAUUCCCUCUCCUCCCAGUGUCCUGACAAUCCCAGCCAGACCUUUGGUCAGUGAUCCAGCCAUUGUCACCUAUUCCUUGGCAUCUGCACAUCCCAGUUCACUUCCUGCAUUUUCCAGCCCUGAAGGUCAAGGUCCAACACAACCAUCCCUUCAAACCCAGGCUGGAGCUAAGGCAGCACAUGCCACUGCUGAGGCUUCUUCUGCAAGUGGUGGAUCCGUGAAAACACAUCCCCAACCUCCAGAGGGAUCAUAUUCCAAUAAACUCCCGGCACCUCACCCAGCAGGGAUUUCUGGAAGUGCCACUCAGCCAACCCAGAACCACCAGGAUGCCUCAGCUCUGCAACCAAGGCCUCCUCCUGCACUUCCAAACAACAAAAAGCUUCCAAAAGCACUGGAAAAUAUUAUUGCACGGCUCCAGAGUAUAUUCCCAAACUACAGCAGUUCAGAUUUCACUGGUUUUAUAAGAGAGGUGCAGAGAAGAAAUGGGAACACCCUGUCAGGUCUGAGCUCGGAUGAGGUUCUGAACCGAGUGACGGAGCUGAUCCUGGACCAGCAGAGCCAGGCACCAACUUCAGCAGGGAGAGUCUCUGCUCCAGCAGCCCCGACCGGAACACGGAGUCAGGAAGUGGCUGCAGAAGGAAAUGCCCCCAGUCCCUCCAGAGCAGGACCUGCACCUAAAAACACCUCAAAUAAAAACCCACGUCAGCCAAACCUCCAGCCCUGGGGGAAUGUUGGAGCAAUACCUAAAGCUAAAUGGAAAAAGCAGGACAAUGCAGCCUCCAGCGAGGAUCCCUGCACGAUCUGUCACGAUGAGCUGAGCAAAGACUCGUGUGAACUGGAGUGUGGGCAUCAUUUUCACAGAGAAUGCAUCAGAACGUGGCUCAAGGAACAUUCCAGCACCUGCCCCAUCUGCCGUGUCCACGCCCUCCUUCCCGAAGACUUCCCUGAGCUUCCUGCAUGGAACAAGUGCACCUAGUCCUGGCUUUAUUUCAACACUUUAUAGCAAUAAUCAUCAUCAUAAUCAUCAUAAUCACAUGCAAAGUGGCUGCAGAGUAACCCCAGAGCUGAGGGACAGCACCAGGCCCCUGGUUUUAUUGGCAGUGGUGACAGAGCUCAGGCUGAGUUGGGAUUUAACACUUGGCAUUAAAGCCCAGACUCCAAGAUCCAGCACUUUUCCUGGUUGCUGCCUGAAUGUGGGAAGCUGAUGUGGUUCAGGGCUGGCAGCACACAAAACUGGCCUUUGAUUGAUUUUUUUUUUAAAUUUAAUUGAAAAGUAGCAAAUCUAUUUUAUCUGAAAGGCCAGAGCAUAAUUCCUGUGAAGAGGGAGCUUUCCCUCAGGUUUAUUCCACACUGCAACCAAAUUCCAAUAUCAAACAAGCAGGAGACCCAAAUGCAGAACUGGAAGAGCCAAGAUAUUCCCUUCCUCUGGCAUCAACAAUUCCAGUUGAACUGCAGGAUUCCAGUCAGGCCCUUUGGAGUGCAGUUCAUCCCUGCAGCUCCUCCCUCUGCAUAAAUUCAAAUUAGUAAUUUAUUGAAGCAAGAAUUUUAAAGUGUUCAUGUGAAUGGAGCUGGAAUACAGUGGAUCCAUUCUUUCAUGGAUUCUUUAAUUCAAACCCUCAGAAUAGGGUUUGAAUUCCCCCCCACUGUUGAAGAGCUGAUCUGUUUAAAUGGGAAUGACAGGAUUUUUAUUUUGGCUGAAGCAACAUCUGUAUUUUGUGCAGGAACUGGUCACCAGUGAGGGGCAGAAUUUAAACAGCUCCAAGAAUGGUUUUCCCACUGCCUUCAGAGUCUGAACUUGCCAGAGCACCUUCAGCACUGUCACAUUUGCCUCCAAGAGCCAAAAAAUGAGGAGUAGAGACUGAAAAUCUCAAACUAAAAAUCAAAUGUGGCUGUUGUCUGAAUCCAGGCAGCAUUAACUGGAUUAUGAGCUCAUUAGCUAAUUCUAGGGAUCACUUGUUCCCCCCAGUGAUAAAUAUCCUCCAGCUGAAGUUUUAAACUACUCUGUGAUUAAUCAGUGUAUGAAUUGGCACUUGAAUAAGAAAUUAAAAUUACUGCUGCAGCUCA